UUUCUACGAGUUUUAUAUAUUCACUUGUAGUAAAACCAACCCCUUCGGUCGGCAUAAAUGGUACUUUCCAGGAAGUACCGUGCAAUGUUUGAUCUUUGGUGCUUUGUCGUUUAGGGCAACAAAUCCCAAUUCCGUUAAGGACAAGUACCCGCUGAAAACGACAAAACAUUUUCUCAAAAAUGUUACAUGGCGUUGAGUGUUGGGAAGCGGCUGAAUAACGGUGCCUGCUCCGCCUGUUAGUAAGCUAUCAUGUCAGACUGGGUCAGCAUGUGUGUGGUUAUCAGCCUGGUGUUGAGUAUUUUCACAGCGGCGGGUUAUAUUCUGUACUCGGGACUCCUCUGGGACGUUACCGUGCUAACCGGCUCUCCUCCCAUGAAGAAGGUUAAAUUCGCCUACAAAUUCAAAGAGGGACCGUACAAAAACUGCGGACAACUUUUUAAGGAGUCUCAUAGUAUUGGACCAGGGCUUUCGUGCAUCGGAGUGUUUUACGAUGACCCUAAAAAGGUGCCUGGACCACAGUGCCGCUGUGCUGUUGGCAGUAUUCUGAGCGAAGGAGAAAAUGAGGCCGACGAGGAGCUUCUAAAGCGUUAUGAGACAUCUGGCUUUAAUGUCUUUUCCUUUCCCGAAGUCACACACGUGGUCACUACUUCGUUCCCCCACAGGACGUUUUUCUCUAUCCUCCUGAGCAUGAGGAGAGUCUACCCACAGCUAGAGCUCUACAUCAAGGAAAGGAGGCUGUGUGCACACCCGUUCCUUGAGAUCUACAGGGAGGGUGAGAUCCAGUUCAUGGUCCCCUUGGCUCGACAGGGAGAUUUCUAUGUGCCUGAAGUCCGGCAGGUAGAAAGGAGGCUCUCAGAACAAGAGGAGUCGCACAGUGAUACAGAAGUCUCAGGUGCAGACUCGAACAGUGAAUACAGCUCAGGGAGUGGGGUUCUCCUGUCAGACAGCAGAGAGACGUCCCUAGCAGCCUCCUCGGUCCACUCUGUGGAUCAAGGGGAUAGAGACUACAGAGGGAGAAGAUCUGGGGGAACCUCGUUUACAGAGCUGGUCUGGGAGCAGGCUGGUGGACAGCAGGAAGAGAGAGAAGAACGGCUUCAUGUAGACUCUGGCCAGAAAAGCCCGGAGGUUCCCACUCAAGCAUGGUGGGGCGUCGUUGGAGGGGAGGAGUGAGAAGUUAAGUUAGACAUAUUAGAAGGAUGAGAGAAUAAAGGGAUUGGUCUUGAUUUCUCGUGUUGUCUGCAAAUACCAUGAAAAGACCAAAACAAAAACAAUGUCUUAGUCAGUUUCUCAGUAUUUUGUGCAUUCCCUACCCAGCCCAUUCUUUCCUACAGAAUAUGUUCAUCUUUGAAAACAGGUCAAGAAUAUAGAAUUCUGUUUUAAAACAAGUUAAAUGUAUUUUCUGAAAAAAAAAAAAAACAUUUGCUAAAACUGUGCUUUUUAGCACAGCUUCUAUAGAGCAUUUGUUGAGGACUAUUUUUAUUUGUGGAUUAAUCCACAUUUUCUGUGUUAUUGUGUAGUUACAGCAGCAGGACGGUGUAUGUGGGAUCAAUCAAAAAAUAAACGACAGUGUCUGCAUUCAUUGUGAUGAAGAAACAUGUCUGCCAGUGCAACGGCAUAUCUCAUGGAUGUGGGGGGUUUUUUGUAGUCUUUGGACAACAAUGGAGGUCUGUGACCGAGGAAUAAGCAAUAUUGGGCUUUGGCUACACAAACAACUCUAUCAAUUAAUUGUUAAUUUUGGUCUUUUCAUGGGGUUUGUUGACAAUACAAAAAUAUGGAAUAUCACCAGACUUAUACUUGAAUCUUUUAAAUGCACAGUUUCAAGGUGAAAGUGUUGACAGAAAACAGAACAUAUCCAGGUAGCCUGAGUUUCUUGAAACUUUUUUACAGAAGUGAGGCUGUUUGUCAAAAUGAUAAGGGGUGACUGAACUGAGUAUUUGUUAGCCAAAGCAUUUUACUUGAAUAUGUUCCACUAUUAUUAUUUUAUCUCUACAUCUGAAAUGAUCAUAGCUGUUGUGAAAAUGAUCAAAUUCUUUGACAGAUGUCUUAAUUUUGCUGGACUGAAGCUAACAUUAGCUAACAAGAUGUUUGUUUGUUAAAUGAGUGUAACAAUAUAAAUAUAGGGAAUUCUGUUCAUUUCAAGUAUAUUUGGUGAGUUGUUUACAAAGGAACUUGAUUAUUAAUCAUUAAUAACUGACAAAGCAUUGGAAUUAGUAUGAACACAUAGAACUCACAAAAUGGUCUGUACUGUUUUUUUGUUUUUUUUGUUUUGUUUUUUUUAAUUUCCUGUGUUUUGAAUAUUUGUGCACCUUUUUAUGAAUGUUACAGUGUGUAUUUUUAAAAGGCUGUGUGUUGGCAUAGCUCUGCUGGUGAUUUCUAAAGAUAAAGGUGUGAAUGAA